AUGUCGUCCUCACAAAUGAAGGAGCUCAGUGAAAUGCCUGCAGAGCUUGCUCGUGAAGGCACACAAUUCAUCAAGCGAUGCCAAAAGCCUAGUCUCAAGGAGUUUUACGGGAUUGCGCAGGCCGUGUCUCUUGGCUUCCUCGUUAUGGGCUUCGUUGGCUUCAUUGUCAAGCUCAUUCACAUCCCCAUCAACCGUGUCUUGGUUGGCAGCUCGUAG